ACUAUUCCAAUUCAGCAUAUUUGGUAGGUAGUAGGUACUGCACUAUUUUACUUGCAAACGUUUUCAGCUGAAAAUCGUAAAUACAAAACGCACGUCCUACACAUAACCAAAAGAUAAUACAAUAUGUGAUGGUUCAUUCGAGUGUUCCAGUGCUAGAAGAGGAUAUAACUUGUAGAUGGAUACAAUAACAAGGAGAAGCGGUAGAACUAACGAUGCAACUGAUACCACCGCCAAUGUUUGUCGAUUAUGACAUACUAUUGGCUUGCGGGCUGCUUAUAUUCUGGUGCGGUUAUUGGUUGGUGCACAUAAGUGCAAUAUGUUAUGGGAAAUUCAAACUAUACAGAAAACCCAAACCAGAAUCAUCUGUACAGUUGAUACCAUCUCUAGUAUCUUUAGAACAUGGUUUGCCGAGAAACAACAAAAAACAGUAUCCUGGUGUUAGUAUAUUGAAACCAUUAUUGGGCGUGGAUCCAAAUCUAUUUGUCAACUUAAGCUCUUACUUUCAAAUGGAAUACCCAAUGUAUGAAGUAUUAAUAUGUGUGGUUGACCGAAAUGAUCCUGCUGCAAUGGUAGCUAAUCGUCUAUUGGAAAUGUAUCCAUCAGUAGAUGCUCGACUAUUUUUAGGUGGUUCUCAAGUAGGUGUUAAUCCAAAAAUCAAUAAUGUACACGCAGCAUACCAAGCAGCCAAGUAUUCUUUGAUACUCAUAUCGGAUAGUUCAAUAAAAAUGAAAAAAGAUACACUUAGUGAUAUGGUUGAUAAUAUGGCUGAUGAUGUUGCAAUUGUUCAUCAAGUACCAUUCACAUGUGAUCGAAUUGACAAUAGAACUGAACCAAUGACUUCACCUUUGUCAGAUAAUUCAACGAAUGACCCUUCAUCAUUUUUAAAAUUAGAUGGACAAGUAGAAUACCAAAAUCAAACUCGCAAACAACGACGUUUUGUUGCCACCCUAGAAAAAGUAUUUUUUGGAACUGCCCAUGCACGAGUGUACUUAAUGGCUGAUCUUGUAGGAGCUAUAUGCCAUACAGGUAUGUCAACACUAUUGCGUAAGCAAGCAAUGGAUGAAUGUGGAGGUUUGCAAGCAUUCGCCGGUUAUCUUGCUGAAGAUUAUUUUAUGGCCAAAUUAGUAGUUGCCAGAGGUUGGCGCACUACUGUAAGUAGCCGGCCUGCAUUACAAAAUAAUGGAGGCAGUGAACUAAGUAAAUUUCAAGAUCGUCUUAGAAGGUGGGUCAAACUUAGGAUAGCUAUGGUACCACACACAAUUGUGUUGGAACCAUUAUCUGAAUGUCUGAUACUAGGCGCAUGUGCUGCAUGGGCUGCUAAUACACUUUCUGGUGGUUCAAUUGAUCCUUAUGCAUUCUACAUGAUACAUGUGCUUGUUUGGUUCUUAUUAGAUUGGAUUCUCUUAAAUGUCAUGCAGAAUGGGCCUUUGCCGUUUACAAAAUUUGAGUACUUAGUUGCUUGGUUAUAUAGAGAGUUCAUGGGACCAUACCUGUUUUUAACAGCACUUUUAUGGCGCCCAUCUGUGGUUACCUGGACCACACGGCAAUAUCGCCUACGUUGGGGUGGUCUAUCAGAAAUUUAUAACCAACAACCAACAAGCUCUAGCUCAGAUUCCAUAACUGCCACAGUGCCUAUAGCAACUACUACCAGUGUCACUUAUGACACAACUGUGCCUAAUAAUUAUUGUAGUACUCACCAGCAGCAACCUCCAAAUGGUAUUGGGUUCACAUCAAAAAUUAAAGUUUAAAAAACAGCAAACAGCUACUUACAAACUUUUUUACGAAUUUAUUUUUAAAACUAAGAUAAUAAUUUACCUUCACUUUAAGUAUAACCAUUAUUUAUAAUUAUUUGGAAACAUAUUUUUGAUGUCACGUGCCUUUUGAAAAAUCUAUGUAUAAACUGUAAUAUAUAAUGUUAUAAUUUUGUAAUUAAAAUAAUAAAUAAAAUAUAUGUAAUAAUAAUGUGUUUACAGUAUGUCCAAAGAUAGAAGUGAUUCUCAGUAUUUUUGAAGAAAGGUUUUCAACUUGAAUUGUGGUUUUUUCCUAAACAUUAUUGUAGUACACAUUUUGGAAAUAAUUUAGAUUUUGUUAUAUGUGCAUGUGCUCAAAAACAAUUUUUUUAAAUUGUUUUAAUGACAAAUGAGAACACAGCUUAAUAUUUAAAUAAUAUAAUAAAUUGAUUUAUCGUGUUUUUUUUUAAACUUAGAAAUGAAGUAUACGAGACCAAAUAUAAGAUUUUAAAUAUGGUCUUUUUACUUAACCUUUUCACUGUUACACUAUUUAUGCACUGCAACCUGUGUAUACUACAAAAAUAAAAUAUAUAUUUUUUAAGUUCAAAUUUUAAGAUCUAAUUAUUUGAGGAGAUUGGAAGUGGAGCAUUUUUGUCUUUCUCUAACACGUGAAAAAUAGGAAUUUUGGAAGAAUGUUUUCAUUCCAACGUACCGAUUGAUCUAGUGAAGCGAUAAGAAUUCUAAAAACAUACUCUAUUUUCUUUUUUAGUACAUUUUUUUUUUUAGAUUUAGGGGGAUAAUAUCUUAAAUGUGGAAAAUAGAUCUGAAGUAGACAUGCAAAUUCAAAUUAAUCUGUUUUUAGAAUUAUUAUCGUUUCACUAGAUCAAUUGGUACGUUGGAAUGAAUACACAACUAAAUUCCUAUAUUCUGUCUGUUAGACAAAGACAGAAAAAAUAUUUCUUCCAAUCCACUUCAGUUUAAAAUAAUGUGAGCCAGGGUUUAUUAAAGUUGCAUGGUUUUCAGCAAAUUAUAAUAUAAUAAAGUACAGGAAUGUAA